AUGACCCCUUGUGUCAAGAACUACACCAGUGACAUUGAACUCAUUGAUCAAGAAAUUUGUGGAGAAGAAUUAGCACAUCCAGAUCUACCAUCUUCCAUGGACAAGACAACAAUGCAGUUGCAUGCAGAUCAAAAGUCUUGCACUAACAAGAGGUACAUGCCCCUUUUGGUGACUAAUUACCUUUGUCUCUUUGUUGGGUCACUUUGUUCAAGUUUGCUCUCUAAGUACUAUUUUAUCCACAAAGGUUCAAGUAGAUGGGUUUCAACUUGGGUUCAAACUGCAGGCUUUCCUCUCUUGAUGAUCCCAAUUGCUCUCUCUUAUCUUCUCAAUUUCACUAAGAGAAAACCCUUCACUGAUUUCACUCCCAAGAUGUUAAUUUUGUCCGGCUCAAUUGGAGUUGUGCUAGGAUUAAACAACCUUCUCUUCUCAUGGGGAAAUUCAUAUCUUCCUGUUUCAACAUCAGCCCUUCUUUUAUCUUCACAACUAGUUUUCAAUCUUGUCCUAUCAGUGAUCAUUGUGAAGCAAAAGAUAACAUUUUCAAACCUUAAUUGUGUCAUUCUUCUUACCUUAAGCUCCAUUCUCCUAGCAUUGGAUUCUAGUCAUGAGAGACUAAAAGGGAUAACCCAAAGGAACUACUUGAUUGGAUUUUUUUGCACCAUAGGGGCGGGUUUAUUGUUUGCCUUGUACUUGCCAGUGAUGGAGAAGGUUUACAAGAAGGUUUAUUGCUAUGAAAUGGUGAUGGAAAUGCAACUCAUAAUGGAGAUUGCAGCAACAACAUUGGCCACAAUUGGCAUGGCAUGGGAUGGUGGGUUUUCUGAGAUGAAGACAGAGAGUGAGAGGAUAUUUGAUAAGGGAAGCACAGUUUAUUGGGUGACAGUGAUGGCUAAUGUGGUGACUUGGCAACUUUGCUUUAUGGGCACUGCAGGAAUGGUGUUUCUGACAUGUUCAUUGACUGGGGGAAUUUGCAUGACAGCAUUGCUAUCCAUGAAUGUGUUAGGAGGGGUGGUGGUGUUCAGAGAUGCCUUUGGUGGUGUUAAGGCUGUGUCCACUGCUUUGUGCAUGUGGGGGUUCUGCUCUUAUGUUUAUGGCAUCUACAAUAAAAUGAAGCAACACAAAGAUCCAAUUAACAAGAAGAUUUCUGAGACCUCCUCAGAGUUGAUCCGCAUCGUGGAUCGAGGUGGGAAUUUUUGA